ACUGUUUUUUUUUUGUUUUCUUGCCUGGCCACACUUAACGCGGACGACUAUAUAAAAUAUUAUUUAAGUUGUUUGAAUUGUUAAUAUGUCCACGAGAUCCUCAUUUGGCGAUGAUGACCAGACCAAAGUGCCCCGGAUCAUGACCUUCCGUCCCAGCUACGAGGAGUUCAAGAACUUCGCCUCCUACAUUGACUAUAUGGAGUCCCGCGGAGCACACCUAGCCGGCUUGGCCAAGAUUCAGCCGCCAGCCGAAUGGGUAGCGCGGAAGGAUGGCUACGAUAUUGAUAACAUCAACAUGACCAUUCCCGCGCCUAUCAGUCAAGUGGUCACUGGGGCUCACGGCCUUUACCAGCAGAUAAACAUACAGCAGCGCCGUCAAAUGACACUUCGCCAGUUCAUGGAGAAGGCCAACUCGGAGCUGUAUCAGACGCCGCGCCACUUCGACUACGAGGACCUGGAACGCAAGUACUGGAAGAAUAUCACGUACAUAUCGCCGCUGUACGCUGCCGAUGUCAAGGGGACGCUGAGUGACGAGGAUCUGGACGUGUGGAAUAUCGGACGUUUGGAUACCAUUCUCAACCUUGUGAAUACGGACUACAACAUCAUUAUCGAUGGAGUGAAUACGGCUUACCUGUACUUUGGCAUGUGGAAGAGCUCCUUUGCUUGGCACACCGAGGAUAUGGACCUGUAUUCCAUAAAUUAUUUGCAUUUCGGGGCGCCCAAAACAUGGUACGCCAUUCCGCCGGCGUACGGUCGCCGCCUGGAGAAGCUCGCUAACGAGACCUUCGUGGAGAACUACAAUGAGUGCAAUGCCUAUUUGCGCCAUAAGAUGACCAUGAUCAGUCCGAAGGUUCUGCGCCAGCACAACAUUCCGUAUAACAAGAUCACACAGGAGGCGGGAGAGAUAAUGAUCACGUUCCCCUUCGGCUACCAUGCUGGCUUCAAUCAUGGCUUUAACGGAGCCGAGUCCACCAACUUUGCGUCCAAGCGCUGGAUCGAGUACGGUAAGCGGGCCAGUAUUUGCAAGUGCCGCAGCGAUAUGGUCAAGAUUUCUAUGGAGACCUUUGUUCGCCGCUUCCAGCCGGAGCGCUAUGAGAAUUGGCUAAAGGGCCAGGAUUUUGGCUGUCAUCCCGAGGAACCGGGAAAGAUAUGCGCCUCAGCGCCGCCAACCUUAAACGAAAGCGAAAAGCAGGCGAGCUUACGAGCGAUAAAGGCACAAAAGCGUGGCUGCUCGCUAGCCGCCAACACGAAUGGUUGUGAGUCGAACCCGGAACCCGUCGAGGAUCUCAUUUCCGAUGCCGACGACCGUGCCAGUGUAAGCAGCUGCAGCAGCUCUCGGCAUUUGCAGCCAGUGGUUAAGUUGCGUAAGCUGCCCCCCAAAGAGACCACCGUACCUGAAACAUCAGCGCCGCUCAAGAAAUACGAUUUCAACCAGGUGGCCGUCGUGCGCGUCAGGCGUCUGUGGAAAGAACUACCAAGCACCGAGGAUGGAAUUAAUCUGCUCACCAAUGGCGUAGUUAAGAAUACCAAAAGAAUGCGCUUCCAGACAAAGGUUCUCACACUUGACGACGAGGAUUAAGGGCUUGAAUACGUUAAGGCCACUGCUCCAAAGGCAGUAUUUCGAUCUCCAAGUAAGAUUUUUCGUGCGGCUACAAUCAAAGAUCUACUGAGUAGUGUAGGGUUUUAUAGUAUCUUAACGUUUUAAUGUAUGACGCCAUCACAGGAAAGACUUGUGAAUUAGAAUGUAUUCGAUUUUCCGACCAAAUCAAAAUGUAAAUAUUUAAAACAAAGGCUUCAUUUGUCGCCAAGUAUUCCUUUUUUCAACAAGUGUUCGUUCCCACCGAGCAUGUUAUUGAACAACAAUUAAAAUUAAAAUUACAC